AAAAGUUCGAGUUUGCGACCGCCUGCAUUCACGACCCGCAUAUUCACGAUGGGCGCCCAGGAAAUCGAAGCCAAGAAGCGCAAGCGCAAGCACAGCAGCAAGAAGACGGAGGAGGCUGCUGCACCGAAAGUCAAGAGCAAUGGCGUGGAGAAGGCCGACAAGCCCCGCAAGAAGGCGAAGAAGGAGCACACGCCCGAGCCCGAGGUCGAGGAUGAGGUUGCAGAGGCGUCAGAGGUAGAGGAGGAGGACGAUGACGAGGCAGCCGAGGCGCAGCUCAACUCAGAGCUCAAGCAGAUUGCGAAGGCGGCUAAGAAGAGCAAGAAGGCAGAUGCAGAGGAAUCGGGCGAUGAGCAGGAGGAGAGCGCAAACCCGAACGACUUGCCGCUCGGUACCUCGAUGCCGACUGUCGAGGACCCCAAGCUGUUCUCUGAGCUCAACCUCUCGGACCGCACAAUGGAGGCCAUCAAGGCCAUGGGCUUUGAGUCCAUGACCGAGAUCCAGCAGAAGACCAUCCCACCGCUUCUGAGUGGCAAGGACGUCCUCGGAGCUGCGAAGACUGGUAGCGGAAAGACGCUCGCCUUCCUGAUCCCCGCGAUCGAAAUGCUCUCAGCCAUGCGCUUCAAGCCGCGCAACGGUACCGGUGUCAUCGUCGUCUCGCCCACCCGCGAACUCGCCCUGCAAAUCUUCGGUGUCGCCCGCGAGCUUAUGGAGAAGCACUCUCAGACAUUCGGCAUUGUCAUUGGAGGCGCGAACAGGAGGGCAGAGGCUGAGAAGCUUGUCAAGGGUGUGAACUUGCUGAUUGCGACACCCGGACGCCUGCUCGAUCACCUGCACAACACGCCUGGCUUUGUCUUCAAGAACCUGAAGAGCUUGAUCAUCGACGAGGCUGAUCGUAUUCUCGAAGUCGGAUUCGAGGACGAGAUGCGCAGCAUCAUCAAGAUCCUCCCCUCCGACCGUCAGACCAUGCUCUUCUCUGCCACACAGACAACGAAGGUCGAGGAUCUUGCGCGUAUCUCGCUCAAGCCAGGGCCGCUGUACAUCAACGUCGAUUACCGCAAAGAGCACUCUACAGUCGAAGGGCUGGAGCAAGGCUACGUCAUCUGCGACUCGGACACGCGCUUCAGACUGCUGUUCAGCUUCCUGAAGAAGCACCAGAAGAAGAAGGUUAUUGUCUUUCUCUCAUCCUGCAACUCGGUCAAGUUCUAUGCGGAGCUGCUCAACUACAUCGACCUGCCUGUUCUGGAACUGCACGGCAACCUCAAACAACAAGCGCGUACAAACCGCUUCUUCGAGUUCUGCAACGCGUCAAGCGGCACACUGGUCUGCACCGACGUCGCGGCACGAGGCCUCGACAUCCCAGAGGUCGACUGGGUGAUCCAAUUCGACCCCCCGGACGACCCGCGCGACUACAUUCACCGCGUGGGACGAACAGCACGAGGCUCGCAGGGCAAGGGCAGGAGUCUGAUGUUCCUGCUGCCGUCCGAGAUCGGCUUCCUGAAGCUGCUCAAGGAAGCCCGCGUCCCGCUCGUCGAGUUCGAGCUGCCGGCCAACAAGAUCCUCAAUAUCCAGUCCCAGCUCGAGGCCCUGAUCACGAAGAACUACUACCUCAACAAGUCGGCCAAGGACGGCUACCGCUCGUACCUGCAGGCGUACGCCUCGCACUCGCUGCGCUCUGUGUUUGAUGUGCACAAGCUUGAUCUCGUCAAGGUGGCCAAGAGCUUCGGGUUCAGCACGCCGCCCAGGAUCGAUAUCAGCUUGGGCGCGAGUUUGAGCCGCGACAAGAAGGUCGAGGGCAGGCGGGCGUAUGGCAGCCAGCCGCAGCAGCAGGGGAGGCGGCCGAUGAAGCCAGGCCGCAAGUUCUAGGUACGGAGGAGUGCAUUGAGGGCGUUGGGUGUUUAAAACGGGCAUCAGCUGUGUUGUACAGGCAUGGUGAAGAUUCACUGUGCUGAAGAAUUUCUUGCGUUGAAAUGCAUUGCGUUUGAAGAUUGA